CAUCACAUGCACCACCAGAUGCAACUUGAAAAUACGCCGCUUCCGAGUCCCAGCCGUGUCUGAUCUGAGGAUGUGUAGGCUCAAUGUGUUCCACUUAGGCUCACCGUGGCCCGUCAAACCUACUUGUCCAGAUCCGAGCGGGCCCCGGCCAGAUGGGCACAGUCCUCCGGUGCUAUGUGUGCUCACUGAAGAUAAGUAACUUGCUUCCGCCGCACCUCGCGACAAUGGCGGCCAUAACCUACCUGACGCCCCUCCGAGAUCAGGCUUCACAGUGACCAUACAUACGUAUGCACUCUCCCUUCUCGUAAUACGCAAUGUUCGCCGUCCACGCUCUCGGAGAACGGGUCGGUUUGGGCGUAUUAUCCGCCAUAUGGGCUGUCCUGGUCAUGAUUUCAUAUGCGAUGAAGGCCAAGAUCUCCUGGAAGGAUACAACUACCAACAUCUUGCACACAGUGUCGACUUGUCUAUACUCCCGACGCCCAUUCACCGAAUACAGUGUCCUCACCACACCUCAAUUUCCUCUCGCUCACGAAUGCCUCCAUCAUGCCAUUCUCACUCAUGCUCGACGCCACCCGGAAUGCAGCGCUGUUGUCGACUACGCUGGGCAGGAAAUGUCCUAUGGCGAGCUCGAUCUACUCUCGUGUACACUAGCGACGACUCUGCAAGCACAAGGCAUAGGCAAGGGGAGCCUCGUCUGCCUUCUAGUCGAACGUUCUAUCGUACAAGUUGUGGCGAUCGUAGCUGUUCUUCGGGCGGGCGCCGCCUACGUUCCUCUAGACGGCGCCACAAUCACUGACCACGCACUCGACGCAGUGGUGGCUGACGCACAGCCAUCCCAUAUACUCUUCUCCGAAUGCUUCAAAGAGCGCAUCUCCCGGCUGCCACAUGCGACUUGCUUGGAAACAGCUGUGACCGAGUGUCGCCAGACAAGUCCAACGCCAGGGGCAGCUCCUCGGGACGAUGCCCAGUCAAGUGACCUCGCCUAUGUUAUAUACACAUCUGGAACGACUGGGGUGCCGAAGGGUGUUAUGGUGACUCACAGGAACGUCGUCAAUUUGCUGUGCUCGCACCCCGGCAAUCUAGGCAUAUCAGCUGGAACGCGCGUCGGGCAGCUUUUAAAUGUUGCGUUCGACAUGUGUGCCUGGGAGGUGCUCGGAUGUCUUGUCAACGGCGGAACAUUGUACUUGCGUGGCCCUCACCGUCCAGACUGGAUCAAAGUCAUGCGUAGCGUCGAAGUUCUGAUCAGCACACCUUCAAUUCUCAGCGAGCACAGGGCAGAGGACUAUCCGAACAUUCGAGUCGUGGCAACCGCAGGGGAACCGAGUACCCAACAGUUGGCCGACGAGUGGUCGAAGACGGCGGUCUACUACAACUGCUGCGGCCCCACCGAGGUCACGAUUGUGAAUACUAUGCACCGCCACGUGCAUGGCGCACCGCUGACAAUAGGACGGCCGACGCCCAACAACGCGGUGUACGUUCUGGACGAACAACUACAGCCCGUGCGGCGCGGUGACACGGGAAUCAUGUGGGCGGGUGGGCUUGGAGUGUGCCGAGGAUACCUCAAUCGACCCGCACUGAACGCAGCAAAAUUUAGGUCCGAUCCGUUCCGUAAAGAAAGCGCAAGUAUGUACAACACAGGAGAUCUUGGCCGACUGCAAGAAGACGGGAGUUUGGAGCAUCUCGGACGUGUAGAUGAUCAAGUGAAGGUCAAGGGAUUCCGGGUGGAGUUGGACGGUGUUUCGGCAGCGAUGCGCUCGUGUCCAGGCGUAUUGUCGGCGUGUGCAUUGCUCAUCCGACAAGAGAUCUACGGGUUCUACACACCUGAGACAAUCCUCAAAGAGGAUGUCCGAGAGGCGACUGCUAGCAUCCAACCAUGCUACGCCAUUCCGCAGCAUUUUUUUCCGCUCGCAAGCAUGCCGUUGACCAGGUGAGUCUGAGUCCCUUGCCAUACCGCGAUGGGGGCACGCUCACCUGUGUCCUUCAGUAACGGCAAAGUUGACAAGCGCAUGCUCAAUUGUAUGGUCACGCAAAGCAGAUAGUUUGUGCGUAUGCAUGUACCGUCCGGCGAGCUGGAAUGGUCCCAUAUUCUAUUUGACCAAUGUACUACUUGCCCCCCUGCCAGUGGAACGUGUUGAAAUGUAUCGUUGAUCGACU